GGCCCCGGACCCGAAUUCAGCACAGAUCGAUCCGCCGGCAUACCCGAUAUCAACCGGAAGAAUUUCGACUUUCUAGAAUACUCCUUCUGCGGAACAAGUUCCAGUUCAGUUUUUACGUCGUAGUUUUAGAGGUUCUCUCUUUCAACCCCGAAACAAUGGCGACUGUCAUGCAGAAAAUCAAAGAUAUCGAAGAUGAGAUGGCGAAGACCCAGAAGAACAAAGCAACUGCAUGUCACUUGGGCUUGCUGAAGGUUAAACUUGCAAAACUUCUGAGGGAGCUUCUUGCACCAUCAUCAAAGGGAGGUGGUGGUGCUGGAGAAGGUUUUGAUGACACAAAAAGUGGUGAUGCGAGAGUGGAUCUUGUGGGUUUCCCUUCAGUUGGGAAAUCAACACUUUUAAACAAAUUAACGGGGACUUUCUCCGAGGUUUGUAAUUCUUGAUGUGCUUGUAACUACAUAUAAUUAUGCCCGCUGUUAUAGGUUUUGUGAAUGUAGGAUGCAAUUUCUUUUGUAUUCUAGGCUUGUUCUAUCUUAACCAAUA